AAUGUAUCUGAAGUCAUUCCGUUGCAUUUUGAGAACACCUCACUUUUAUGCACCUACAUGUAAACGAUGUAUGUUUUCGAGUCGUCUGGCAGCGUUGAAGUCCAGAAACCUGUUUUCCCAGCAGUUGCCGGAUCCAUUAACUCCAGAUUUGGUGUCAGAUUUGGAUUCAUCCCAGAAAUGGUCAAUCUACUGUGGCAUAGACCCAACUGGCCCUUCGCUUCAUUUAGGCCAUCUGUUUCCGUUGAUGGCUCUUUUCCAUCUGAGAAGACUUGGCUACCCGGUUAUUGUUUUGAUAGGUGGCGCCACUGCUAAAAUAGGCGAUCCGAGUGAUAAAAAGGACGAACGCGAGAAGCUCUCAGUUGACUACUUAACUGCAAACGCAGAGAAAUUGGAGCGACAAAUAGUUCAUCUGGACGAGCGAUUUAAAAGCCAAAUGCAGAUGGAAAGCUAUGGCGAAUUGAGAAUUGUGAAUAAUCUGGAAUGGUACGACAAUGAAAAUUUAGUUCCCUUUCUGUCUCAGCAUGCCCGAUUCAUGAGCGUGAGUCACAUGCUUUCACUCAGUUUCGUGAAAGAUCGACUGAAUAGUGGAGCCAGGUUGAAUCUUGCAGAGUUUUUCUACCAGUUCCUGCAGGCCUUCGACUUCCAACAGCUCUAUGAGAGAUACAACUGCAGAGCACAAGUAGGAGGAUCAGAUCAGUGGGGAAAUAUGCUGGGAGGCUAUGAGUUUUUAAAAUCUUCAAAAGGAAUCCGAACUCUAUCUCUGACAACCCCUCUUCUUCUUUCGGGAGCAUCUAAAAUGGGCAAAACUAGCUCAUCAGUCUCGUCCAAAAUUUGGCUUGACAAAAAUUUAACCUCGCCUUACGCUCUCUAUCAGUAUUUUUUGCAGCGAAGUGACUCCGAGUCGCCUCAGAUGGCAAAUUCUUUAACUUUUUUGGACGAUAAAGAACUGCAAGACAUUUUAAAUAGCACAGAUGUGAGAUCGGUUCAGAAAUGUUUGGCCAAAAAGGUGGUCCAGUUUGUUCACGGUGAAAAAGAUUUAAGAGAUGCCGAGUCAGUGACGUCCUUGUUGCAUUCGAAGAAACCAUCUUUGGACGAUGUCGAUGAGAAGUGUUUGAAAGAUGUGUUGAAAAAUGCAGAGAUUGUGUCAGUAUCAAGAGACCUUUCGAUUGUUGAAUGUCUCAGCAGAACUAGUUUUUUCACAGCGAUUGAGGCAACCGAAGACUUUUCGAAGAAAGGUGGCACAGUGAAGAUCAAUGGGGCCAAAAUUUCAUCUCAUGAAGCACGAAUUGAAGACGUGUGUUCAUCGGAUUAUGCAGUUUUAGCUUUAGGCAAACACUACAGGGCUGUUUUACAGAUCAAGCCAGCAUGAGGUUAUUAGUUCUGGAUUUUAAUGUGCCAGCUCUUAAAAUAUGAAUACAGCGUUCCUUAAAAUUAUAAAUGUUGGUACAAAAUCACAGCUCAGUUUUAAUUUACAGUUUGUUCUGUCUAUUGCCUGUAAUACUGAUGUUAUCUCUUGUUGAGCGUUAUUUUUAAUACAGAAGAUGCU